AUGUAUGAUUCACAAUCUGAUUUCAAAAUAUUAUCUAUCCCAAUGUCUAUACAUUACACUACUCGUGUCUUUUCGAAUAUCUUCAGUAAAGGACAAAUAGAUCUAAGUAGUACAUUCGUUGUACACUUAUUCCCCAUUGCAUACAGAAUUGAAGAAGAACUCCCAGUUGGCACACUUAUCGGUAAUCUAUUCAAAGAUGUAAAAAGGUUAUAUGAGGAAUUUCAACUCAGCACCAUACCAUUAUAUUCAAUUAAACAAAUGCAAAAGUUUGAAUUGACUGCAUAUGAUACAAACUCUCAACAAUCAAGUGAUUUUUUCAAGUUGGAUCAACAAACAGGUAAUUUAUUUAUACAAAGUUCUAUUGAUUACGAGGCAAUAUGUCCUAAGCCAAUAGUUUACUCGACCUCUUCUCCGUCUUCAUCAACAUCAUCAUCAUCCUCAGCCUCAUCUUCAUUGACAAGGUCUUUUCUGUCAAAAACAAUUUCAAACAAUCUAUCAGACAAUUUAAAAAGUCAUGAACUAACAUCUAAUUCUUAUGAUUGUUUACUUAAAUUGAUUUUAUUUGUAAGUUUAAACAAUUCAAUUGACGAACGUUGGAUUCCAAUUAUAUUUCAUAUAGAAGAUAUUAAUGACAAUAGACCGAUAUUUCUAGAGGCCAGUUCUUCUAAAUGGUCUGGAUUUUACAGUAUAUCAAUUCAAGAAAAUAUUCCAAUCGGUACAAAACUACCUCUUGUUAAAGCAUUUGAUCGUGAUACAGACUUGAAAAAUUCUGAAAUUAUAUACAAACUUAACUAUCAAAUGGAUGCCAAUAGUCGAACGGAUAUGUUAAAUAAACAAAAUUUUGAUAAAAUUUUUAGUUUAACAAGUUGUCAUAAUAACAAAAAAACUCAAUCUGACAAUAAAACUCUAAAUAAUCUGCCUUGUUUACUUAUUAAAGAUGAAUUAAACUAUGAAAGUCAACAAAAGUAUAUCUUCCAGUUAAUUGCUUAUAUUUUCCCAUCUGAAAAUUAUCAUGUGGUAAAUAUAUCUGAAAAUCUACCGACAGGAACAUUAAUUCUAAAGAUUGAAGCAAAAGAUGAAGAUAGUGAAGCAAAUUCACGUCUCACCUAUACCUUAACACAGAAUACUUUUCGACAAGAGAUAUUCACUGGUCUAAGUAACAGUGUCAGUAUUAAUAGUCAUGGUAAUGAAGAUAGUCAUAAACAGAUAAAUUCAAAUAGUCAAUUCUUUUCAAUAAAUCCAAAAAAUGGUGAAAUAAGGUUAAAUAAGAUUUUAAAUGCUCAUGAAACUCCUCAAAUUGAGAUUACCUUUCAUGUUUCAGAUAAUGGAUCACCAAUACAUAAAGUAUCACAAAGAAGUCAUGUAGGCUUUGUUGUCAUCUCUGAUGAUGAUCUUGGAGAAAAUGGUCAAGUCAGUUGUAUUCAUAAAUUGGAAGACUAUCAUGAUAAUUGGAGUAGAUAUUCAAAUUUAAAAAUUAACUUAGUCAAUAAUGGUCAAAUAUCAAAUCGAUACUUGUAUACACUACAAGUGAUGAGAGAAGGUGACACAAGUGUAUUCGAUGCGAAUAUCUCAUUAGUGUUAAAUAAUAAACAGGAUAAUCAUCAGCAUCGAAGGAAUUCAGUGCAUAAAUUAACAUCAACUACAAUGGUUAUAACGUGUAAAGAUUAUGGUUCCCCUUCAGCUUUAACUUCAUCUAUUAGUUUGACUAUUUCACUGACUGAUAUUCAACAGACAGACUUAUGCUUUGAACAAAACACUUAUAAAAUCAUCUUAGAGGAGUCAAAUCGUCCAUUGAUGAGUAUUUUACGACCUCAAUUAUUAGAUCUUGUUACAGGCGUCAAAUUUAGUUUACAUUCUAAGGAUAUGACAUUCAACAAUGGUUGUGACCAACUUGAAAUUGAUUCAUUCACUGGUGAAAUAUCAGCACCAAAUGGGAUUGAUAGAGAAAAAUCUGCAUUGGUUUAUUGUAUCAUGAGGGCUAGUGUACACGAUAAUACGAUAGAGAAUAUAGUGGAUCGAACUGCAGACACUGAAAUUCUAAUCAAUGUAACAGAUAUCAACGAUAAUGAACCUAGACUUGUAGGCGAAAGUCUAGUGUAUGGAUUUACGAUACACGAAUGGGAUAGGUAUGCUGAUGACACCGGUGCUACAGCUUCUUUUUCUUCAAAUGAUCAUGUGGACGAUACUAAUCCAUAUGUGGUUGGUUUUCUAAAAGCAGUCGAUCAAGAUUUCGGUGAAAAUGGUACAGUAAAGUAUUUCAUAUUGAAAGUUACAGGUGAAAAAAAUCAAGCAGUGGCUGAAAUGAAGGCCAUCUUCAAUCAUCAUAAUGAUGAAGACGUUAUUCAGCAUUUAAAGCCUUCAUUUCAAGUCAAUUCAAGUACAGGUUUAAUCAGUCUACCGAGAAGUGAUCACAAACUAAUCAACUGGGAAGACAUUAAUACGUACACCUUACAAAUAUUAGUCGAGGAUAUGGGUUAUCCAACAAAAUUGACAUCUAUACAAACAGUCAAAAUCUAUGUAACAGAUGUGAAUGACAAUCCACCCAUAUGGUUGCAUACUAUCAGUUCAAGUCGUGUACAGAUGGAUUCUUUCAAAGAAAUAACACUUUAUCAACUUGAACCAAUUUGGGAAAUCAAUCAAAAUUCACCGACUGAACUACGUACAGUAUUGAAAGCUUAUGAUUUUGAUUAUGGAGAUAAUAGUAAAUUAAUAAUGCGUAUUAUUCAACCAAAUAGUAUAUAUAAAGAAUUUAUUGGUUCAAAUAAAUUCAAUUUACCAUUGAAUUGUAUACGAAUUUCAAUGAAUGGAGAAAUUCAACUUGAUAUUGAUCGAUUAGAUGGUAGUCAAGAUUAUGUUGUAUUUAUACGUGUACAAGAUCAAGGUGUCCAACGUCAGUUAUAUACAGAUGGUUAUUUUUUUAUACAUCUACCAAUACAAACAAAAAAUAAAUUAAAUCUUCCUAUAGAUUUAUUGAUAAAUAGUCUAAUCAAUACAACAAGUGAUUAUCGAAAUGAUAAUAAUGAGCAUGAAAAAUUACAAAAAUCAACAAAUCAUAAUUCAGGGUUAUAUGAACUAAAAAUCAUCAUUGUCUUGAUAAUAUCUUUUAGUUUAAUAAUUAUUCUUUCAACAAUUAUGCUAUUUAUUAUUAUAUCGAAAUGUAGAAAGAAUAAACGUAGAAAAGGUAGAAAUAUUCAACGAGGUUAUAUUCAAAAGACAUCUGAAGAGUAUACUACUCAUGAGGCGAUGAAUGGUAUACAAGGAUUAGAGAAACAAGAAGAACACCAACAACAGUCUAAUUAUUUCAUACAAAAUAAUACAAAUGAUAAUAUUAUCAUUACCAGUAAUAAUAAUGCUCAAGAUAUUAACUGUAGUAAGUAUUAUGAUCAAAUAUUGUAUAAAAACUCAAUAUUACCUGAUAAAAAUCAAUAUUUCUAUCAUUUAAAUGAUUUAAUUAUUGUGAUAAUGGAUUAUUUCUGUCAGAUAUGCCUACAACAACGACAUCAACAAUGA